GAGGGGGCGCCGUUGUGCCGCCGUGUUGCCACGGAGACGGCUGAAAACAAUUGGCGCAGUUCAUCCGCAGCAAUGGCUACAACUGAGCCCGGACCAAACUCUGAGCUGCAGGGGAGCGGAGUCCUCUAAAGACCGGAGGAUACGCGGAGCCUGUUCGUCUGUGAGCGAAAGACGAGAUUUCUGGACGUCGAAAGUCAAAAUAGGUGACGGACUCAAACGUUUCGUGCUAUGACCCCGCAGUCUUGCCGCAGCCUCGGCCGACGUUCCUCGUAGCCCUCCAGCGCACCUCAGGAAACACUGGGGUGGUUCGAGCUGUACGCCGCCGCGACAGGGAUGAUUACAUCCCACAUAAAUGGUUAUGUUCAAGAGGCCCCCGGUCUGGCCGUGAGCCACAGAGAGAGGGCUGUGGACUGUCCAGGAGACGAGAGCGGCCGAGUCAAACCCUGGCACUGCGGCGCCCACAUGGAUCGAGUUCAGCACUACCGCGAUGAGCUGAGGAGCAGGGAGGAGGAGGGGAAGCACGACAUCGACCCCAAUGCCUCUCUGAGGCUCAAGAAGCUGUCGCAGAACCCCAAAGUGGGCAUCGACAACCCCACCUUUGAGGGGAAGGAAAUCAUUCCCAAGGACACCAGCACAGAAAUGACAGUGGACCUGGAGGACUUGGAGCAGGCUCUGAAGUGGACGCAGCACUGCUUGAACGACCCCCAGAGCCAGCAGGAUGUGGACGUGAUCAUGCAGCUUUUAGCCAAAGAAGAAUUCAGGAACGCCUACGCGAUCUUCAGCACGCUGUCGCAGCCCAUGAGCCGAGUCAGUCCCACCUCGCCGCUCACAGCGCAGGCCCUGGACCUCUGCCAGGAGGUUCAGAAGAUUCUCCAGUCGAGCCAACAAAAGGAGGGCUUGGAGCUCAAAGCGCUGCUCACCAACCCUCAUGUCCAGGCGCUCAUGCAGGCUCACGACAGCGUGGCGGUGCAGGAAAUGACGGAGGAAAACGUGACGCAGUACCUCGGAGAGACGGUCAAACUGGUGCGGCUGGAGAAGGCCAGAGACACUCCGCUGGGUGCGACUGUACGCAACGACAUGGACAGCGUGGUGGUGAGCCGCGUGGUGAAAGGCGGCGCGGCGGAGCGCAGCGGCCUCCUCAACGAAGGAGACGAGAUCCUGGAGAUCAACGGCAUUCCCAUCCGAGGGAAACACAUCAAUGAAGUUCACGACUUGCUGCAACAAAUGCACGGCGCGCUGACCUUCCUCCUCAUCCCGAGCUCUCACGUUAAACCGGCCCCUCACCGGCAGACCGUCAUGCACAUACGGGCUUACUUCGACUACGAUCCCUCCGAUGAUCCCUUCGUGCCGUGCCGGGAGCUGGGUCUGUCCUUUCAGAAGGGAGACAUCCUCCAUGUCAUCAGUCAGGAUGACCCCAACUGGUGGCAGGCCUACCGGGACGGAGACGAGGACAACCAGCCUCUGGCGGGACUCAUACCUGGCAAGCUUUGGUGUUCGAAGAAGAGCAAGAAGCAGAAGAAGAGGAACGUGUUCAGCAAAAGCACAGACGGCGACGACAUCCUGACCUACGAGGAGAUGUCCCUCUACCACCAGCCGGCUAAUCGCAAACGUCCCAUAGCUCUGAUUGGUCCGACCAACAGCGGCCACGACGAGCUGCGGCGCCGACUUCUGUCCUUAGAGCCCGAGCGGUUCGCCGUCGCUGUUCCACACACAACCAGAAACCCCAGAAUCCACGAGCGGAACGGCCGGGAGUACCACUUUGUUAGCCGGUCGGGCUUCGAGGCGGACUUGGCAACAGGGAAGUUCAUCGAGUCCGGAGAGUACGAGAAGAACCUGUACGGCACCAGCACCGACUCCGUUCGUCACGUCGUCAAUUCUGGACACAUCUGCGUUCUCUGCCUGCACACGAGGUCACUGAAGGUGUUGAGAUCCUCCAACCUUAAGCCCUAUGUCGUCUUCAUUGGCCCGCCUUCUCAGGAACGACUGCGCACCCUGCUGGCUACAGAGGGGAAAACACCAAAGCCGGAGGAGCUUAAGGAGACCAUCGAAAAAGCCCGCGAGAUGGAGCAAAACUUCGGCCACUUCUUCGACGCGACCAUUCAGAACGUGGAUCCGAACCAGGCGUUCCACGAGCUGCGCCGGCUGAUCGACAAGCUGGACACGGAGCCGCAGUGGGUGCCCACCUCCUGGCUGUGCUAGAAACAGCUGCUCCUCUUCAAGACGUCUCAGGGAAGGAAGGAGAAGGUAACGAGGAGCCAAACAGAUACCACUGGAGGAAUGGACUGAGCUGAAGUUUCACUUUAUCCUCAUUUUUGGAGGAUGGCAUCGGCGUGCUGCAGGGACGGACUCCUCUUUUUUUGUUUGCUCCUUGGGGGUCUCACAGAUAUGCAGAGUCAUUUAUAGUAAUAUUUCUAUCCUCUUCUUGAUUCUAGAUAUUUAUCACUGUAAAUAUUUGUAGACAGAAGGGUCUAAUAUUGUGUUUGGCUGUUACAUGGAAACAGGGUCAAAAAGUUUUUUUGCUUCGAUUGUCUUCCGUUCAGAAUAUUUAAGAGUAUUCGUCAAUAUCAGUAUUACGUUUUGUCUGUUUCAGCAGCUGCCGAUUAACUGGUGGAUUUUUAACUCUUUGUGUAGAGCUGCUGGGACUGUUUUCUACCAGUUUUAUCCAAAAAAAAAGAAGUUUUUAGUCCAAAAACAAACUUUAUUGCUUCUUUCCAAAAAUCACAAUAAACCAAAUGUGAA